AUGUAUUCAACAGCCCCCGGAUGCGGUGACAAAUACACAGGGGAGACAGAACUGAGAAUCGUCCUUGUUGGUAAAGGUGCAUCUGGGAUAAGUGCAACAGGAAACAUGAUCCUUGGAGAGAAAGUGUUUGAGUCCAAAAUAUCAUUACAGCCAAUAACUAGGAAAUGCUCUACAGGGAGCAGGAACUGGAUGGGAAGGAAGAUUCUAGUUGUUGACACUCCUGGUCUUUAUAGCCUCACGGUCCCCAAUGAAGUUAUUUCCCAAGAGAUCAGACGAUGUGUUUCUCUCUCCUCCCCUGGGCCCCAUGCUAUAAUUCUGGUGCAACAGCUGGGCCGUGUCACACAAGAAGACAAGGAAACAUUUAAACUAAUAAAAAGUAUUUUUGGAGUGAAGACAACAAGAUACAUGAUCAUCUUAUUCACCCGGAAAGAGGAUUUAGGUCAUUAUACAUUGCAUGAAUACAUACCUGAAUGUGACAUAGAGCUUCAGAGGCUGAUCACAGAGUGUGGGAACCGAUGCUGCGCAUUUAAUAACAGAGCCGAAGGAGCAGAACAAGAUGCCCAGGUGUCUGAGCUGAUUGCAGUAAUUGACAAGAUGGUGCAGGAGAAUGGAGGCUCAUUCUACACCAAUGACACAUACAGGAGCCGCUUCUUGCCUAGAUUUACUGCUAAAAAAUAA